AUGCUUUUGGGUACUCGAACAGCGAAGUGCUCACUUCGGGUAAGAUUUGCACUUCGUGGUCAGCAUAUUGCCAGAUACAUUUCAACAGAGGGCAAAGCAGAAAAUGGAAGUAGUAAUGGCGGCGCUCUUCCGUCAACAAAGACUGACGAUGCUUCCGGGGAGCCUCACGACGAGCUGUCUCUUUUGCGUCAACGAGAAUACAACGAUCAAGUCAAAAAGCUUUUGAAAACCUUCUCAAAAACCACGAUCGAAGAGAUCCCGGCAUUCAACGAUGUACUUUCGAAAGAGCUAGUUGGGAAAGAAAAACAGGUUGACGAAGAAUUGACUUCCUUCCUCAAGCAGUUCUCCUUAUACAACAAAGUGGUCGAGCCCAAAGAAGAGCGCGAAGCUACUCAUAAACUAUCAAAUCAGUCUCGCACCAAAUCGUUUCCGUUCUUGGUGCCGUCCCCAAAAGACAAGCCAUACUCCAGACAAGAACUAUUUCUACGUCAGAUAAAGCACGCUGAAAGAACUGCCAAAUUGGGGGCCUCGAUAGACGACGUUUAUUUUCCACAUCGUGAUCUUUUUACUCCUCCUACUACCGAUCAGCUUUCCAUCUCUAAGCUUCUUGCAGCUGGUGUACACCUGGGCCAGUCCACCUCUCUAUGGAGAUCAAGCACACAGCCUUUCAUCUAUGGUGAGUACAAAGGUAUACACAUCAUUGAUUUGAACAAAACGCUGUCUUAUUUGAAGAGAGCGGCAGCCGUGGUCCAGGGCGUGGCUGAAAGAGGUGGCACAAUUUUAUUUUUAGGCACUAGAGAGGGUCAAAAAAGAGCGCUACAAGAAGCAGCAAAAAGAACUCAUGGAUUUUACGUAUCUACCAGGUGGAUUCCGGGUACGCUAACGAACCCUACAGAGAUCUCCAGUGUGUGGGAAAGGCAUGAGGUGGAUUUUGCUGAUCAGCCUACCAACAGACUACUGAAUGCUGAUGAAGAAGCUGGGAUUGUAAAGCCUGAUUUGUUGAUCAUUGCGAAUCCAACUGAAAAUCGAAACGCUCUGAAUGAGGCCAUGCAAGCCAGAAUCCCCACCAUUGGAAUUAUUGACACAGACUCAGAACCUUCAUUAGUAACAUACCCUAUUCCAGGAAAUGAUGAUUCGUUACGGUCUGUUAAUCUACUUCUCAGCGUUUUGGCCAAGGCAGGUCAGAUAGGGUUGCAAUCGCGGCUCGCCAAGGUGGCUUCUCAAUAG